CCCACCCCCAGGCUCCCGGAUCCCGGAGCUGCUGAGCUCCGGUGGCCGCCGAGGUUCCAGCGAAUCCAGGCGAAGCGCCGCAGGUGUGCGGAGCGGCGCCGGGGGAUUCGCAGAUGUAGGAUCAGUGCUAUGCUUUCCUAAACCGCAGAACGAUCCAAGAUGUCUAAACAGCACCUAACGGCAUUGACAGUGACUGCCUUUGUGGGCGUGGCUGUUGGGGGCUUUGUCCUGUGGAAAGGCAUCCAGCGCCGGAGGAGUAAAACCAGCCUUGUCACCCCCAAGCAGCAGAAGACAGCAGAUGGGAGAGUGCUUCCCCAGCAGGAAGAGCCGCAGUUGCGCUCCGGGGCCCCCGGGGUCCUGUGGGAACAGAAGAUCCUGGAAGCAGAGGUGGUGACAGUGGCCGAAAACGCAGAGUGGGAGCAAGUUGAGCCCUUGCUUAGGAGUGAGUUAGAGAAUUUUCCAGUGCUUGGAAUUGACUGUGAGUGGGUGAAUCUGGAAGGCAAAAUCAGUCCUUUGUCUCUCUUACAAAUGGCCUCCCCAAGUGGCUUCUGUGUUUUGGUUCGCCUGCCCAAGAUGAUCUGUGGAGGAAAAACACUACCCAAAACAUUAUUGGACAUUUUGGCAGAUGGUACUAUUUUAAAGGUUGGAGUAGGGUGUUCAGAAGAUGCCAACAAGCUUCUACAGGAUUAUGGUCUCACUGUUAAAGGGUGCCUGGAUCUCCGAUAUCUGGCCAUGAGGCAAAGAAACAAUUUGCUCUGCAAUGGGCUUAGCCUAAAAUCACUCGCUGAGACUGUCUUGAACUUUUCUCUAGACAAAUCACUUCAGCUUCGUUGCAGCAACUGGAAUGCUGAAAAUCUUACAAAGGACCAGGUUGUUUAUGCUGCCAGGGAUGCCCAGAUUUCAGUGGCUCUCUUUCUCCAUCUUCUUGGAUACCCUUUCAUUAGGAAUUCAACUCUGGAAAGAAACAGUGAUCACACUGACUGGAGAAAAGUCUUGGAGAAAUGCCAGGAUGUGAUAGACAUCCCAUUUCGAGGCAAAGGAAUCAGCAGAUUGGGAGAGGAGGUUAAUGGAGAAGCAACAGAACUUCAGCCAAAGCCAAGAAGUAAGAAGUCCAAGAUGGAUGGAAUAAUGCCUGGCAGCCACCCAGGGAGAGACCCCAGAAAACAUAAAAGGAAGCCCUUGGGGGUGGGCUAUUCUGCUAGAAAAUCCCCGCUCUAUGAUAACUGCUUUCUCCAUGCUCCCGACGGACAGCCCCUCUGCACUUGUGACCGCCGGAAAGCUCAGUGGUACCUGGACAAAGGCAUUGGAGAGCUGGUGAGUGAAGAGCCUUUUGUGGUCAAGCUCCAGUUUGAGCCUGCUGGGAGACCUGAAUCCCCAGGAGACUAUUACCUGAUGGUUAAAGAGAACCUCUGUGUGGUGUGUGGCAAGAAGGACUCCUACAUCCGGAAGAACGUGAUUCCACAUGAGUACCGGAAGCACUUCCCCAUCGAGAUGAAGGACCACAACUCCCACGACGUGCUGCUGCUCUGCACCUCCUGCCACGCCGUCUCCAACUACUACGACAACCACCUGAAGCAGCAGCUGGCCAGGGAGUUCCAGGCGCCCAUCGGCUCCGAGGAGGGCCUGCGCCUGCUGGAAGACCCCGAGCGACGCCAGGUGCGCUCGGCGGCCAGAGCCCUGCUCAACGCCGAGAGCCUGCCCGGGCCCCGCAAGGAGGAGCUGCUGCGGGCCCUCCGGGACUUCUACAGCACAGACAAGGUCACCAAGGAGAUGCUGCAGGAGGCCGCCAGCCUGGAGACCAGGAUUUCCAACGAAAACUAUGUUCCUCACGGUCUGAAAGUGGUGCAGUGCCACGCGCAGGGCGGGCUGCGCUCCCUCAUGCGGCUGGAGAGCCGCUGGCGCCAGCACUUCCUGGACUCCAUGCAGCCCAAGCACCUGCCCCAGCAGUGGUCAGUGAACCACAACCACCAGAAGCUGCUCCGGAAGUUGGGCGAAGACCUGCCCAUCAAGCUGUCCUGAUCGCGGCUCUCCCCAGGUCAGGCCCCUGGGAAGCUGGAGCCACAGUUGCAGAGUCAACCGCUUCUAUUUGAAAUCCGUUGUGACUGGUCAAAGCCUGGGGGGGACACAGCUCAAGGACUCACCCAGACUGGUCCCGGUGCUUCUCCCGGUGGAACAAGGUUAUUGUUUUCAAGGGAAUGGAUGGCUUUGAGUUUCCAUGGG